AUGUCGGGACUCGAGAUCGCCGGCGUCGUCCUCGGGGCCUUUCCCGUCCUCUGUGACACGGCCAAGGAUCUCGGGACGGUGUUCAACAAGACAAAAUCAUGGUGGCAGUUUGAGACGUCCUUUGAGAACUUUGUCUCGACGAUAGCCACCCAGGAGAUUGCCUACAUACAAGUCCUGGAGCGCUUGCUCGAUCCCUUGGACAUCACGGACGGAGAUUAUGACGGCCUACUGAGGAACCCGAGGUCGACCCUUUGGCACGAACCGCACAUCCAAGAGGAGCUGCGGCACCGCCUGCCACAGAACAAGUUCACAUGGUUCAUGUGCAAUCUUGCACAGGUCUACUACCUGGAUUCUACUAAUCUCGAAAGCGAGCUGUAUCGUUUGCAGACGAGCUUCAGUAGCGAAAAGGACCGCCUUCUGAAGCGUAUCACGAACAUCAACGACGACCUGCACCAAUUCUUCGACAGAGCUUCAACAGUGACCAGACCCCCCGCUACGAAGCCGACGAUCCCGUUCCGCGACCUGCAUAACCAGGCCGUCACAUUUUACGAAUGCCUGGCCCGCUGUUGGAAAUGCUGCUGCUCGGCUGCGCACACAGUCGGCAUCGCGACUCAUCCAGCGAUUCAAAAGCCGCCUCGGGCGGCCGAACGCGGAUACUUCAAUGUCCUUUUCGAAGCCGAAGCUAAUCCCAAGCAACUACGACUGCAGGUCGAGACAGUUACAAUUGUCGACUGUAUGGCAGCCCUCGACCCUGCGCCGGCUGCACCAACCAUCAAGACUGACGCGGCCAUUGAACUGAAGAGUCAGAUGCUCGUCAAGAGCCAACUCAAGUCGGCCUCGAGCGCAGCAAGCGAAAACAGUAUUGCCACUCUAGCGCUCACAUCCUUGUCGAUAUCGGUACAGGCACGCAAGACGCCGCCAAAGUCCAUACUCAAGAGCGCGGCGAACAAGUUGAGAAAGCUUCAACAUCGGAAAAGUCCCGACAGCUCCCAGGGGCUCAAGACCUCGACCGAGCCAGCGUCGCUCUCCAGUCUCAGUACGACUAGCUUGUCAACCAGUACCACCACACUCACCAGUGGCUCGAGUCUAAAAGAACCCCAACAGAAAAACGGAUUAUCGCGUUCUCAAAGUGACGACUCGUCCACGACGGUACGAUUCGUCGACGCAGAAACCCCGCCAUCUUCGGCGCAGACAGACGAAGGUCGAAAUAGAGAGGUCAAGAGCCUCUGCGACUUCGUGACGGGUGCCGACACUCCCCAAUGUGACAAAGGUAACACGCUAUCGCUCGACGAGGGCCGGCGGGUGAUACUGGAACCCGAGCCAUUGGAUCAGAGCACCCUCAAGGCGGCGACUACGCAAUCCAUCGACCAUUUCCUCCAGACUACCAAGGCGAGACACAGCCGUCUCUCCGUCGGCCUCAGCUUCGCUCUCACCCUUCUCUGCCUGGCCACGUCGUCGUGGAUACCGACGCAGCCGUCCAAGGACGAUGUUUUUCUCGUCUGCUGCGAGUCGAGCGGCAAGAUGCCGAAGCGGCUGGGGCCCUACUUCUCGCGGACCUCGCGCGACAUAUGCUCGUCGCCGCCGUCCGGCUCCAAGGACAGCGGCCGGGUGUGGGACGCCAAGGCGUCGCUCCUCCUCCUCGGCGUCGUGCUCCUCGAGCUCUUUCACGGCCAGACGCUCGAGCAGCAGUCGUCCUGGGCCGAGUCGCUCGGCGACGACGGCCAGCCGAACGAGAGCACGAGGCUCUGCGGCGCGUUCCUGUGGGCGUGCAGGGCCGAGGAGUCGCUCAAGGGGCACUUUGGCAGAGAGCUCGGCGGGGCGCUGUCCGAGGCGAUCCGCAAGUGCAUCUGCUUCGACUUUGGCCGGGACGACGACCGCGGCGACCUGCGACUCGCCGAGGUGGUGUACAGAGAGGUCGUGGUGCCGCUGGAGAGGUGUUGCCCGCAAAUGUGAGCGGCCGACGAGGAUGAUGUAGGCGGGGAGGGGGCAAACAACUCUUGCUAUGAACAAGGGCACCCACCGUAUAGCCGACACUGCCCCAUGUAGUAGCCUCAUACAUACUCUAUACAACAUGCAUGCACGACUGUCAUCGGAAAUGGGAGGAAUUGCAAGUAGUCAGUCAGUCCCAUGUACUCCGUAUUGGCCGUAGACACAAAGGGCCACCCGCGUACCAUGUGUUCUGCUAUGUUGUUUAAGACGUAUAAUGGCAUGAGUCUAGGUGGUUGGCACUUCGUGUCAGCGGCACCCAUCGAAGCAUGGUAGCCAUUGGGCAAGAUUACGAGUUC